AUGGUCUCCGAAAGCGGAAAAGUAGUUACGAGUCGCAACUGGGACAACAUCAGAUACAAGGACGCCCUCGAAUCGUGCCGAAUCUACAACAACCGGAUGCUGCGGGAAAGAACUGCGCGAAGAAAAGUCGCCGAGCGAGAGUCCGAAGUGUCGAUGAUUGCCCAAGUAAAAAGAUGUGCCCACCAUCGCCAACCAGCCCAGAAAAAUACUCAAGUGUUUUCCUACCCAUCAACAAAGUUCCGAUGCAAAACGCGCCCAUCACUAGAAACCAUGUGCCCAAGCGACCCUCCUGAUAGACCAAACACACCCGAUAACACUGCCCUCGACGAAAUCCUCGCACGCCAUCUUGCGAACAACCCGAAUUCCGACGAGUCGGAUGACGAAGAGUAUGGAACAAAGCGAAAAAAGAAGACUAAUACUCGCACGACCAGGAGGCGUAAAACAAAUGCUUAUACGUAA